CACAAGUCAGUAUUUCUCGAUCGCUCGCCGACACUGGACGUUAUCGCGCGUCAGUUAGAGCCCUCGCGGCUGAACUGAUCUGAGCGUAACUUUAUAAAGUGAUAGUUCAUUACAUCGGCAGAAAAUCCCUCUGGGAGAUAAGCCGACUAGUGAAGUGCACGAAGGAAUAAAAAAGUGGUGUGCGGCAGGCGUCCCCGGCGCUGCGCGAGGCGCUGACCCUGCUGCGAGAGGCCUGGCCCGAGCCCGCCGCGCUUGCCGACCGCUGGCGAGCAGCUAGCGUCUGUGACAGCGACACGGACAGCAUGUGGAAGGGAGAGGUGCCCGCGCGCCCCGCGGCCUCGCCUGGCCUGCUGCGCCGCCGCUACUCCGUCCCUGAGACUAUUAUGAGAAAGUAUCGCUUGGCGCAACAAAAGUCUGAUAAUGAGGAAGCCGGGCAAGGUAGUGCCUCAACGGCUUCUACAGCGGCGCGAGGAACCUGCCCCUGUUGUGGACCUCGAGGAUCUCGACGAGAUCGAGACCCCAUGCGGAAAUCCGCUCUCCUUCGCCUGUGGGGAAGAGCAGGAGCCUCUCCAAUUAGAGCAUGUUGCUGUCCACCCGGCACCCGGUCCCUAGACGGUUCACAUUCUGAACUGCGAACCCCGCGUUGUCUGACACCUAAACGACUGAGACUUGACUCCUCCCGCGACCGAGAAUAUACGUUCAAGACACACACACGCGCCCCGUCAACCUUUUCGGACCUUCCGCCUGAGCUCACAAAUAGCAUGACUUCAGAGAAAACGGAAUCACCAACAUUAUCAGAACGCACUGCGCUUUUGACAGACGUCACAUCAGAAUACCAAACGAGCCUGCAACCUGAACAUUUAACGUAUGCUGUAUCAGAUGGUGGCUCGUUCACUGACUCCUCCGAAACAUUUAGUACCUCUAUGCAUACUACAAAAGAGACUGAAUUCAAUGACCCAAAAUUUUGUUCUCUAAUGUCAAAUGGUAGUUAUAUUGAUGGUCGUAUAAGUGAAAGGUCAGUGAGCGCUGAAAACAAUGAUAGUAACAUAGUUCCAUUUGACCAACCGCUAUCUAUCGAUACUCAGAAAUACGAUAUACUUGAGAUAGUUGUAUCUGAAACACUAAACGUUCAACCAGCGGCAGCUGUAAAAUCUGCAGUGAAUGAAAAGAUAUCCAGUCCCAUCAGGGGUGUAUUAUUAAAUAAACGAAAACAAAAUAUUGAUAUAGACGAAUACGUAUCCAAUAUACUUGUGGAAAGUUUAAAUUCCCUAACGGACCAGCUUGAAUCAAUGAAUGCGUCUAUGGGGUAUGACAAAAAACUUAAUAUCGUAGAAAAAGAGAUAAAAGUGAAAUUACAAAAUACCGGAGUUAAUACAAUAGUGCAUCUAAGCCCAACAUCUAAUAAUCAAAUAAUUUUUGGCAAUGAAGAACUCUGCAAUAGUGACGAUAGACAUGAUAAAGAAAACAACCGACGAAAAUUAAGUAGCGUAAAUAUACGCGAAAGCGUUUUGAGUACCGAAACAAACAAUAAUUUGACAUCGCCAGAAAGCACGAGAGAUAAUAAUUCCAAUCACAGUGAUCAACCACAAACAGGGCAAUUUUUAAAUGUAACCAAUACCGAAAAUGUAAAUAAAUCGAUUUUACAUCAGAUACAAAAACUAUUUAAGGACGAAUUUCGAAGAAACGAACAGGCCGAAAAUCCUUCUAUAAGCAAUUUACCUGAAAUAUCGCAUAUAGAAAUAUCAAAUGUUGAUGUAUUUUUAAAUGACAACGCCGUUGAUUACACGAAUUCUGAUACUAUUGAAAUUCAAACACAAGCUAAUCAAGAUAAUGGAGAGGUAUUAGGAGGGGUCGGAACUGGAAAUUAUUAUGAAGAACUCGAAGAAAAUACGCUAGUUCCGAGAUUUUCAGCAUUGCCCCAUAGUGAUUCGAUGGAGGUAAAUACGUCGUCAUCAGAUGACACUGAUAUCUUAGGUUCUGAAUGCACAAGUCUUGUCGACAGUUUAGACGAUCCUAACUCACCGAGAUCAAUACUCCUGCGGCGAGCUUAUACGAAUAACAAAAGAAGUGAGUUAGUCCGGUCAUCAAUUGAUGUUUUAGAUCUUUUACCAGAGAACACUAGUCAAAACGAUAUUCAUUCACCAAAAGAAAAAGGAGAAGCCUUCUUUAUAAGAAUUAAAGACGACAACUGUGAUUGUGAAAAAGAAAAUAUUGUUGUAGCAGAUCAUAUGCCUGAAACUAUUAAGCAGAGGUUAUAUAGAAGGCAUAGAAAGCGAGAACAAAGAAUGGAAUGCGUAAGACGAAGUAAAGUAAAACAGUUAAAAAAAGAUAUCAUCAAACAAAAGCACCAUGAGAAUUACAAGUCCAAGAAAGAAAUAGAGAAAGAAUGCAUGGCUAUCAUAAAUACAUUAAUUGAAGAUGUUAUAGCUAAGAUUGCGCAAGAUGAAUAUAAAUAUAUGCGAAUCAAACAACGGUCCUACAACGUACCUUCGGUUAAGUCAGAUGAAAAUUUGAGUAGACGUGUAUGGAAAAAAGAAAGUGAAUCCAAUAGGAAAUCCAAUAAAAGUAAAAUAGUUCAUUCACAUUCUUGCUAUGAUUUUACAAGUAAAGAUUCAAAAACGGAAAGAACUAAACGAAACAAGCAUUCCUCACAACUAAAUACGCCGAGCACACCGGAAGAGAAAAUUCCAAAAAGGAUAUAUCAAAAAUCCGAAAUACACGAUGGGAACAACUGUAUAGAAAUACUAGAAAUAUUAGAAUAUGUAAAUAAUUCACACAGUUCCACGGAAACCACAAAUUCCGAUGAGAAUCAUAAUGGCUUUCAAAUAAAAAAUAAAAAGUCUAGAAUCCCUAUACCUGUUUACGAAAGGCUUCAAAGGAUACCGAAUGGUAGUUCUCAAAAGAAUAACAGAAAUAGCUGUGGACGUACACCAACGUUACUUUCACGUGAACACAGUGAAAAGACACAACAUUUGCUGGCAUCAAUGCUCUUGGAUGUUUUUCAUGAAGACACUGAUCCGAUUAAAGAUAUACCCAUCCGCCGCAGUGCAGUCCCUUACGAACCUCGAGUGAGAUCUAACUCAUUAAGAUUUCAAAAUUCGUUCGAUAUUAUACCUGAGGAGAAAAGCAGUUUAAGUUUGGAGUCGACUGGAGAGGACUUAGCGUGUCGCCGAGCUUCAGCGCCUAGUCUCGGAGAUAGUCUAUCCACAGACCAAGAAGAGCAACCUAAGAAAAGCCCGUUCAAAAAAAAAUCUAAUAAAUAUAAAGACCUCAAAAGUGCAGGAACGUCUCCUAUGCCCGAUGUGCACAAAACGCAAAGUCAUGCAGCGGCAAUGACCUCACCGAUUCGUAAAUCUGCUUCAACUAGUCCAAUACGCUUAGGUCUUUCAAAUAAUAGAAACAAUGGAACGCCUCACAUAAACCAGCCGCGGCCUCUGCAGCGUCGGGACGAUGAAGGUUCAGAAAGACGAAAGUCAGUCACCACGCAGUACGAAGAACAAAUAAGAAAUAUACAAAGUGACCCAGAGGUGAAACGAGAACGUAAAGUUAAAACUCAUAAUUGCCUUAAAGACAAUAAAAUUAUUGAGGUUUCAAAAGAAAGGAGACGCAAGUCUGAUAGAGCUAAAGAUAGAAGGAUAAACGAUAGAUAUGAAGAAAAAAUAUUGAAUAAAAAUACGUAUCAGAAGAAAAAAGGCAGGUCCGAGCGUUGCGAGCUUGGAUCGGAAGAGAGCAGGGACGAUAGAGAUGUCAGUUCGAGCUCUAGCGAGUCGGGCGGCAGCCUGCUCUGUUCACUGGCCCCCGCUUGGCUCAGUGCAAGGAGGCGAAGACGAAGAGCUGCGAGCAAUUCAGGCGACUGGGCGGUGACAGUGGCCGGCUCGUGCGCAGCCGCGCUGCCCAACGACGUCGAAAUGCGGCUGCGCUUCCCGGAGCCGCCCCCCGCCCACCCGCCCUCCUUCAGUGCUGUGGAAUGCGGCACUGACUACGGCAGGGCGACCCGCGCGCCGCACGCGACGCACGCGUCGCACGCGCAACACUCGCGCCGACGCACUAUCGACGACCCGGGCAGACUCACGCUCACUAUGAAGAAAGAGGCAUCUGAUUCUUCAGUUCUUGCUUCCAAGAGCGUAAAGAAAUCAUCCGACCUUUUGCCUGAUUUAGAAACAUUCCGCGCCUCGCGAUGUAAAACUAAAAGUUCGCUUAAGGCGGUUGUUUCAGACGCGUCGGGGGUACUCCCUUCACUGCUGGCUUCCAGAAGAAGAUCCUACGCAGAUAAGAGCACGUAACGGCUUGUCAGUGUUAGGCAGCGCAAUCGUGCCGGAGCAGAAGCCGCGCGUGCCCACCAUGAGCGAGCGCGACCUCACCCGCGCGUGCGCGCCGCGCCGCCGCUUCUCUUGCGCGCGUCCCUGAAUUUCUCUUCUACCUUAUUACCGAAUGGAAUCAAUUAGUUUUUACAUUGUUUAGUAUAUUCGAUGUUAUUUACGAAUUUAUACUGUUAGGUUUUAAAAUAUUUAGCAUACGAGCUGAAAGUAUAAGAUGCAUUUCGGGAGUUUACUCAAACACCACAGACUUGAAAAUUUACAAUGAACCAGUGAACUAUCUAGAAUCAAUUAAAAGAAAAUCGUAUAAAGGCUCAGAAAUACGUAUGUGGUACCGUUCUGGAAGUACCUAACUAUUUAUGGUACUAGUUACAGUGAUACUGCACGUAUUGAGAAUAUGUAGAUUCCUCUUCAGUAAAUAUUUGUUUGCUAAAUAUUUGUCAAAUGUAAAUGCCAAAUACAUUAAAACAUAAUACUUUACCGAAACUCAUUUUAUACGUUAUAUUAAAAAUGAACUACAAAAUUAUACCUGAUGUGGAUGAUGUUAAUUGAAUAAUGUAGGUCAUUUAAAUAGUGUUUAAAUAAAUAUUAAAACAUCAACAUA